AGGCUGCUGUGAAAAACCAUUUGGGAUUCAACCCCAGAAAUAUAAAAGCUGAUGUACUGGUGUCAACCACCAGGCCAACAGGCGCCUAAUAUACUACAUAAUAGGAAACGAGGUCAAGAAAUGUAGUAAUACGCUAGAAAUACUUCGACAAGAAGUCGUUUACUUCCUUUACACAUCCCGAAUUUUUGGAGCUUUGCUUCUAGAUGCAGUGUGGUAGUUUGACCCUGUGAUGGCAGUAAUUCGUUUUCUGUGACUAUUGAAGUUAGAAAAAAACGAAGAAAACACAACCCGGAACAGUGAUACAAGAUGGCGGACUGUGAAAACAACAGCGACCACAGUCUGCCGUCCUACUCAGCGGCGGAACCACCUAAGUUAUCCGAGUUACUGGAUCGUGGCUGGAAGAUAUUUGAAGAUGUGGACAGUACGAACGAACCGCUGGGUUCUAACCACAUCCAAGUGCGAGUGAAACGGGGGAUCGCGAUGUUAGAAGACGCAUCCAGAAUGGUGGCGCAGCUCGAACUGUUCAGCCGGAACGAAGAGCUGGAGGAGGUGGCUACUACCGACCUAAAGUUUCUCCUCCUGCCCGCUCUGUUGGGAGCAUUGUCCAUGAAACAGACGAGCAGAGAAAAACGGCUGAAUCUAGUUCGAACCGCACGGGCCUAUUUUAUGGACUUCCUGAAGAGAUGUAGGGAGUAUAAGGUGUCACACUUCGAGCUGCCGACGUCGGCAGAGGAAGACAUAAGUGACUUUUCUGAAAGUAGAUCUUCGACGUCAAAGUCUGCCCCUCUGCCAUCAGAUCUGGUUGCCAUGGCAGCACAGAGACAAGCUAAGAUUGAGAGGUACCGUCAGAAGAAAGAGCUUGAGGCCAAAUUGUCAGAUGUGCGAAAAGCCAUAGAGAGCGGAAAGGCCGAUGAUGAAGUCAGUCGGGAUUUUUACCUUCUGAAUAUUCGGCGAUGGAUCUCUUUGUGUUUGGAGGAAAUUGAGAGCAUCGACCAGGAGAUGGAGAUACUGAAGAAUAUGGAUGCUCUGAAGGAGGGUGCAGCCAGGCCCUCCCAGCCAGCCAGACCCCCCAUGAAACCAUUCAUCCUCACCAAGAAUGCUGUUCAAGCUCGUGUUUUUGGAGCUGGUUACCCUAGCCUUCCUACCAUGACAGUCGAUGACUGGUAUGAACAGCACCAGAAGCACGGAGCACUGCCUGACCAGGGGAUACCCAGGAGGGUUGCCCCUGAGAGCGACACUGAUGCCAAGGACAGGGAAGAAGAAGAAAAAGAGGAAAAAGUUGAACAAGACGAUGAGGAGUCUUUGAUGAAGGCCAGAAACUGGGAUGACUGGAAAGACAAUCAUCGCAGGGGUUACGGAAACCGUCACAACAUGGGCUGACUGACCCCUCAAGUGUGUCCGUCCCAUCAAACUUCUUCUGUUUUUGUUUUUACUCCAGUCAUGCCACGGGGCAUCACAUAAAUGUGAUGAGAAGGAAAGAUGCAGCUUCAUUUGAGCUGUAUGUCAAUCAGUCCGACUGUGUGCAGGUCAACACUACAGUGAAGGUCCAUGUCAUGUCAUGAGUCAUUGGCAGCACAGCGCUCGUUGAUGUUGUUUGUUUAUUACAGUUGUGUGUUUGGCUGGACUGAAUGAAGCGGUGUCAUGAUGACUGCUAAUGUCACUGGACAAUAAAGACUUUCAAAUCAUGUGCACUGACAAA